AUGACUGAAGAUAUGAAAAAAAUCAUAAGCGAUGUGGAAGUAAGCUCGAACCAGCCUCAGGCAUGGUGCAUGUUUGACUCAAACGAAGACACAUGUUGGUUUUCAGGCCAUGGAGGCCAACAAGACAUAAACAUUUACCUUAAGCAAGCAGUAUAUGUGCAAAGAGUUCGAAUACUCUUUCAAAGAGGAUUCCAUUGCACAAAGGGAAAAGGGUGUAUGAUUCUGAAUAACUCCCGUGAUUAUAAAGAAAUAGAAUUUCAAGACGGAGGAAGUACAGGAAGUCUGGAUAUUAACCAAACUGGGGACCAUAUCAAGAUAGUUCUGGAGAGAGGUGCAGACAUGUACGGUAGAUAUUGUAUCUAUAAACUUAGCUUUGACUUGUAG